ACAGCGGUGGUUGCGGGGGCUUGGUCACUUCCCCCCCACAGCCGCGGUUCGCCCCCGAGAGCGAGGCAGGCUGCCCUCGGAGACCCGCGCUCUGCCCCGCCGAGCCCGCUGCCAUGGCCUCGGUGCCCUCCGCCGGCUGCCUCUUGGCCAAGAACCAGUACUACAGAACACGACAAAACUCAGAAUGCAGUGUUUCUUCCAGUUCAUCGUGCUGUUCUGAGCCUGUGAAUGUUACAGACCAGGACAAGGCACUUACUGGGUUACCUGAAAUACUUGAUAAAUGUUGGUGGAUAAAAAGCUUCUUCCAUUGUGAGCCAUCUCCACCAACUGUUAGCAGAAAAACACUAUCAGCAAGCAGUACCAACAGCUGAAGUGACCAAAGCCAGUUUGCUUUGAGAUACUACAUACAGACUUUUUCAAGAGGCUUGGGAUCUUCUGGAUGUCUGGGUUCAGGUGCAUGACGAACACGUACCCCUUUAAGAGGGAGGAAAGUACAUUUUCAAAGGACUUGUCAGUACCUUACAUCAUAUUGCUUAAUGGACAUGACCAUGGCUUACCUUGUUCGUUACAGAAUUGCUAUAAUUUGCAAUGCCUCUAGUGGAAACUGCCUGGGUAAUCCUAAUGACCUAUUUGAAUUGUUAGAAAAUACCAGUUAAAAAGUAAGAUAUUGCAAGUUUAGGGGAAGUUUGUGUAUGGAAUGACUUUGCAAUAGGUGAUACUGUUCCAUAAGUUUUAGGUUUAGGAUAGCUCUAUGGAUAUUCACACUGAUGUAAACAAGAUUCAGGUGCAGCAGCCCUAGUCUGGACUGUGUGGUACAGGCUUUGACCAGAUAUCUGUGUACCACUUACAGGGAAUGGAAUUCACAAGAAAGCCUGUUCAUAGUUUUGCUUUUAGAAAGCCCCUUUAUGCAAAGAAACAGUAAUUGGUUUUGUCUUUGUUCUUGCUAGAUAUAGAUCCUAACCUCAAAUACACAGGUACAGUUUUCAUAUCUAUGGAGAUUAUUAGUAUUUGAGGAUAAAAUAGGAGAAAUGGACAAGAAAUCAAUAGUCCUAAUAGACACUUUUCUGAGUGGAAGAGGAACUUUGAUUAAAGUUGAUACCAAUAGCUCUGUUUUACUUGGGCUACUCUCACCUGCUUUGCUGCAGCUUUGAGCCACUUGUUCAAGAGACUAAUCCUAUCAGUAUUCACUGCUGUCUGUCAUCUUAGUUUUAUCAGGUGUUAAAGCUGGCUUUGAGUUCAACUCAAAGCUAUUACAUUAAUAAUAAUGAAUUCACCUCUGUCAUGAUGGUCUCACUUAAAAUACCCUAAAACAUAUUCAUUUGGUCUUUAACACUGUGCAGCAGUACAUCAGGGCUGCAUCAUAGCUUAUUCUGUGUACCAACAAUAUGAUUGAAAUGCAUUAACGUCAAAGAAAAUAAAUACCUGACUGAA